UAUAAGAUCAGGAGAGAAUUUUUCGAAGAUGAGAAAGUAGAUAUGAAUGUAAUGAUGAAUGAUGAUAUAGCAAUGUUUGGAUGAGAAGGCUUUGGAGGAUGAUCAAGUUUUAUAGCUCCAAGCUAAAGACAUAUCACUUCGUCGUGGGACUGCCUUGCUUUCAUUCAUCGAAAGCAAGUUCAUGUGGUUGUUCAUGUGGCCUUGUCUGAUUUAAUUUCCAUCUGGCAACCAUUUUGACAAAUCCCAGAUCAUACAGGCCUACUAUGUUGCUCAUAGAUACCAGCCUCUUCGCAACCAAUUGAUUGAUUAUUGUGUAAACUUCCUGCUAACAUAACGCCAAGUACUCACCAGCUAAUUAAAUGCAGAUGUUUCAGUUUCCACAUCCAUCAAAGAACAAAACAAUUAAACAGAUUAGAUAUUAGGUGUGGAAAAAUCAGAACCAUCACACACUUGUAAUACAGUAAUCUAAUUGAGUGGGUGAUACUAGGCUUAUAUUAAUUGUUAAAAAAACAUCUUUGGACUACAUGUUUUGGGAUCAUCCAAAGCAACAUAAAGUUAAUCGCGUGGUUAUGCUUCCUAAUAAUGUAAACAAGUAAGGCACCAAUGAAGUGAUAUGUCUUCAGGUUGAAGCUAUAAAACUUGACCACUUCCUCUACUCUUUCCAUCCAAUUCAAACUUUAAAAUUCUCAUCAAAUUCAACUAACUUAUCAACUUUGCGAAAUUCUCUUCUUUCACUCUUAAAACACAACAACAUGAUCAGCACAAAGAAACUUAUCAAGAUGGCACGAAAGUGGCAAAAGAUAGCAGCUGCCAGCAGGAAGAAGAUCUCUUGGUCACAUCCUGUGGCGAAUGAGGGUCAUUUUGUUGUCUACACAGCAGAUGGAAGACGAUACAUGAUUCCUUUGGCAUAUUUGAAGAGCGAAAUUUUCAUAGAGCUCCUUAAAAUAGCCGAGGAAGAAUUUGGAGUUACAAGUUCAGGGCCAAUUACAUUGCCUUGCGAUUCACAUUUUAUGGAUUAUGUGAUCUCUAUGAUCCAAAGAUGUGUAGCAGAUGACUUGAAGAAGGCGUUGAUCAUGUCCUUAACUAGCUGCAGAUACUCAUCAUUGUCACAUGAACAUCAAGAACGAAAUCCACAAAUGUUUUUAUGUAGUUUCUAGGAAAAAAAAAGUAGUUUUGUUACUCCUUUUUUUUGUACAAAAUACAUACAGUAGAAAUUUUUAAGUAGGACUAGAAUGUUAAUAAAAUUUCAGAAAGAAGAUAAUCAGAAAAUUUUAGUCUCUCCGUUGUGCAAGUGUUUUUUUAACUUACUGUUUCUUAUAUUGUUGUUUGAUAUGCAUGAAUUGCGA